AUGGAUGCAGCUCCCAACUGUGCCAUCUGCAAUGCGCCGCCCUACCCCGAAUGCUCCUGCGAGUCGGACCGCCUGCAAAUUGCCGUCAAGCAGGCCGAACAGCGUGCCAUGGAUGAGAGGCUGGCUGAAAUAAGAGACUGGGUGAUUAACCACGCGCGUCAGCAUAUCUUGAACGCCUUUGAGCGGUUGACGUCAACUCGCAAGCAAGCCCAUUCAGCGUACCUUGCCUCGCUCCCACACUACGAAGUCUACAUGCGAUAUUCCGGUCAUCCGCCAAUACACCCCAUGUACGUGGCGACGCUUCAGACACAAAUCGCAGAAGCCCAUGCUGAGCUCAAGCGUGGCAUCGACGCCGAUUGGCGAGCAUCGGUUCUUCGCUACCCGGAAGUCUUGGAUUACUUCUACAGCCUUGUUGACCUCAGGCUGCCAGAUGACCAUUCUCGAGAGGUUAUUGAACCGCCUUUUGCCGCUGCAGGUUACACUGACAUCGGCUAUGGUAUCAAAGAAAAGAAGAAAAAACGACGAGACAGAGAUAGCUCAGUAUCUCAUGGACACAUGGCAGUCGGUAGAGUAGCUCGCGGACCGCCUCCAGUACCAGUACCGCCACCGCCGCCAGCACCGGGCCAACACGUAGGAUUUCCUCGUGGAGCUGGUCCAUACCCGUACUAG